GUAACGAAACUGGUCCCCUUUACUUCCAGGACUAGUUUAGCUGCGUGUGGUUGCAUCUCAUCUUGAAAAUCUAAAGAUCUAGAAGUCACAAUGUCUCACACAAUUCUACUAGUGCAGCCAAAUCCUCGACCUGAUACAAGGACAUACUCCGACUACGAGUCCCUCAACGAGUGCUUAGAAGGAAUCUGUAAGAUUUAUGAGGAACAUCUGAAGAGGCAGAAUCCUGACUGUCCCUCCAUUACUUAUGACAUUUCCCAGCUGUUUGAUUUUGUGGAUCAGCUGACAGACCUAAGCUGUCUGGUCUACCAGAAAAACCAGGGAAGUUAUGCUCCCCACAACAAAGACUGGCUAAAGGAAAAGAUCUACAUCAUGCUGAGAAAACAGGCAGGCCGUUAGCUCUACAAGGAAGGUGGAGAAGAGAACAUUGACUUUUCAUAUUCCCGUUUCAUCAUACAUUCAUAUUCAUGAGAUACGUACAUUGUACUAUGUUGUUGCAGCUACAGUAACAGUUGUUUAACAUCCAUUGUUGGUUUUACAAGUACCACUAUGUAGCAUUAUUGUUCAUGACUUAGUUUUAUGUUUAUCCAUUUAUAAAUGUAGAAAGAAAAGUUUUUUUAGUUUGUGAAAGAAUUUUGUCAGAUUUGAGUAUGACUGGUUGUUGCAGUAGCGUGACUUGUACAAUUGUUUAAAAAAAUAGCAAUCAAAGUAAACCUGUACCCCAGAAGUUUAUUUUCAAUAACAUGGCCUCUAAUUUAUGACAAUUGGUAUGCAGUUUAUAAAAUUUUGCUCAGUUUUUAAGUAUGCAUGAAAAAAAAAUUUGAAAAUUUUGAACAUACAUGUAUAUCAUGUCUGUGUAAGAGUUAAAGCUGCAAUUUGAUCUCUGGAUUUUUAUUUCACAUAUACAAGUUUCACAAAAUUGUUGAAAAUAUUGUUUAACUAUCUUUUUUUUCUUCUUCAAAAUUUACAUAAAUAUUAUUUUUGACAUAGGUCCAAUCUCACUUUGAAGAUUUUGAGAUCAGAGCCCUUAUUUUUAAUAUUUGUAUAAAAAUUGGGGCAAUGUUUUCAUCAUGAUUGACUGAUUCAGAAAGUUGUACUUUUGCUGAAAAAAUAUUUUGAUUUAUUGUGUCAAGUACAAAAUACAUGUAUAUAUAUACCUAGGGUUUCCAUAUUAGGUUUUUUUGAUAAAUUUGUGAGAGAUUGUAUUGACUAGAUUUUCAUUUCAUAAGGCAGAUUGAUUUUGAAAGAAGUUUGUAGAAAAUAAAUAUUUCAGUUUUUCAUGCUCA